AAGGAUGAUUUACAAGUGGCAGAAAACUGCUGCUUCCAUGUACUCACAGGUUGCAAAGAUGGCCACAUCCCCAUUAAGUGAUGUCAAUUAGUUACUUUUCUGAUGAUUAUACCUUAAGAGAAAACAUUGACAUUGAUGUUGUUCAGGGGGAAAAAUUAAACUCAGUUUAUAUAUGGUGUGUAAAGAGUGAAAAUUAUGAACCUAUGCGAUUUGCAGUCAGACUCAGCAGGGGGCGCCAGAGUACAUGUUUCUGCUCCUCGGGUCUGAGGAGGGAAAGUAAACAGACUCGGGAGUUAUUUUCCUUUUUCCUCUGAGUCUGUGACGAGGAUGGAGCUGGAAAUCUAAGCAGGGCAACUGGAGCCUGCAGAGUUCCAGCCAAACUCCGAGCCUGACCUCCUUUCACACUGAGCCCUUCACCAAACCAGCGUGAUCUCUUCAGCUUUGCACAGCAGUCGCCCCUCUCACCAUGAAGCUCUGGGUUGUGCUCAGCCUGGCAUUGCUCUGGGUAGAGUUCCAUAGUGGUGCCUGCCAACAGCUAAAGCGUAAAAAAGAUGUCACCAGACCAGCGGGGAAACGGGUAAACAUACGAGGCCCCAAAGUGAAGGAUGGUGGAGGGAAACGCCAGUCCCCACUGAUCCGGGUCUUAGAAAAGGGUCGCUUUCUUCACCUGGGCCCGAGCACAGUUCUCUCUCCUGGGAUGGACUUGGAGCUGCGCUGCAAAGGCAGCAACAUCGGAUGGUCGUACCCGACCUACCUGGACACCUACAACGACUCACGCCUCAGCAUCAGGCAGAGUGACAAGUUCAGUCAGCUGAUCCUGACGUCACCCUCUGCUGCUGACACGGGGUCCUACAGCUGCUGGGUGAUCGUGUGUGAUGGCACGGAGUGCACGAAGGACCAUGAGCGCUUAUACGCCUCCUACGUUUAUUUCACAGACAAAGGCAACCUCUUCGUGCCCUCUGCCAUCCACUUUGAGAUCGUGUACCUGCGCCCAGACAGACCUGCAGUGGUGCCCUGUCGUGUGACCGACCCACAGGCCGAGGUGUCCCUGCACAGAGAGGUCCCUCCAGAGGAGCUCACGGCCAACACCACCCUGCUGACCUAUGACCCCACCAAGGGGUUUGUCCUGCAGAAACCCAGCCCAGACCAUCAGGGGGUUUUCUACUGCAAGGCUGCGACAAAGGGUACCCCUCAGAUCUCCACGAAGUACCAGCUGCUCUAUGUGGAAGUUCCUAAUGGGCCACCCUUUGUGAGUCUGGAAGCAUCUUCGACCUCUGUGAGAGGAGGUGACAAUGUGAACGUAACCUGUACAGUGCUGGGGGAGCCAGAGGUGGAUGUGAACUUUACCUGGUCUUAUCCUGGUCAGAACUACCGCCCUGUUCACAUCCAGACUUCCUGGAGGCUGGUGAACAGAGGCACGGGCCACACCACACGAGUCUCCCAAAGCGUCUUGACUGUAGAGGACAUGGAGACAAUCGACUUUGGAAACUACAUCUGUAAAGCCAAAAACCUUAACGGCCAGACCAUCGUGGCGGUCACCGUCAUCUCCAAAUAGCCGUGACACCAUAACUGUGUUAGUCAUUUGGAAGGAGUGUGUUGAUAAGUAACACCAAACAGUGAGACUGGAUAAAACCAAAAUGUAUAUACAUAAAAUGGAUGUAUAUUUAGACUGCUGAUUGUACUUAAAAUAAAGCUUUGCUGUGUACUUGGCUAAUGGUUCACUUUGACCUUAAAAGGCUUCAAAUGAGAGCAACACUGAAGGGCAGGACCACUCCAUGACACUCAGAACAGGAUUCAUUUUGCAGCCUACACACAACUCAACCAGUCUCCAGAAAUCAAAGAGUUAUAACUUGUAUGGCUUUUCUUCCAGGUUUUCCUCAAAUGUAUUAAACAUUGAUGGAAACAUUUGACCAGAGAAAAGCCAAAACCGUUUCAUCACAUGCUUUAUGAGAUACCCCACAGGAGUCUCAGUCUGCCAGACAGUGAGCAGUCACUUGCUUAUGAAAUAGAUGCUCUUUUUUUAUGUUGCAUCUGGAGAUAAAUUUUUGGUAUUGGUCAAAUAUGUUGAGCCUCAUUAUGAUAAGAGGGGACACCAAACCAGUGUUGGAUUGAACACCUAGCUAAAUGUCAGUUACCCCCAACGCUAUGCAUUUAAAUCAAGUUAAAGAAUGAUGCAGGGAGAGAGCCACAGCCAUCAGACUUGCUCUUGUUUUGAAGCAUGUCCUGAGAAGGAGAAACUGGUUUCAAGCUGAACCAUGUGCCAGGCUGACAUCCUAAUGUGCUCCGUAUGUGGAAUGUGAGCUGCAGGCCAAGAACUUGUUUUGGUCCAAUGCAACACACAGUUUCCACUGUGCUGAAUGCUGCUUGCUAGGUGAUUUGAACUAUUUUAGCUUUGGAUCUUAAUGUUUGUGGUUCAGAAGGACAUUCAGCUCAGACAACAGGCCGACGAAUGUCAAUCCACUGAUUCUAUGGAAGUAAAACCUGCUGCGGGGGCGUUGUCUUGUUCCAUGAAAAACUGUUCCUGUAAUAUUCUACUUUACAGAAAUAGCUUCACCUACAGUGAAUACAGCAACUUGUUGAAACUUUGACCUCAACUAUUUUAGUACAAGACUUUAUUAAUUGCAUAUUUCAAACAGGGUCAACACAUCAGAAAUAAACUCCACAGAACACUCAGACAUUUGCCAGAUGCACCAUCUCACAUUCACAAAAAAAGCGACUUCUGGUUCAACUCUUUGCAAAGACCCCAACUUUAAAGCUACGUUAGGAAGAAGGUUCAGUAAGGGGUGACUGACGAGACUCCAAGAUGAACAAAGGUUCAGAUCGGUCCCUUGGUCAAACAAACUAACAAAUGUGAAAACCAAAAUGCUUGAGGCCACAGAUGACAGUAUAUAA